CCGGCGUCUCAGGCUCCCGGGCCCGGCGGCCGCGGCUCUUUUGUCUCCCGGCCGGAGCCUGAGCCGGAUCCCGAGCUACGGUCAGAGACCAGGUCAAGACUGGGUUGGAGUCGGAUCGCGUCCGCAGCCCGGGCUGCCCGAUGGGGCGCGCCCCCUGCCCACCGCCCCCGGCCAGUGCCGUCGCCUGAGCCCCGGCCUGCCUGGCCCGGCCCGCGCCAUGGAGUCCGGCCGCGGCGGCCUGGAGACCGUGGGCAAGUUCGAGUUCUCGCGCAAGGACCUGAUUGGGCAUGGCGCCUUCGCCGUGGUCUUCAAGGGGCGCCACCGCGAGAAACACGACCUGGAGGUCGCUGUCAAGUGCAUUAACAAGAAGAACCUCGCCAAGUCCCAGACUCUCCUGGGGAAGGAGAUCAAGAUCCUCAAGGAACUGAAACAUGAAAACAUCGUGGCUUUGUAUGACUUCCAGGAAAUGGCCAAUUCCGUCUACCUGGUCAUGGAGUACUGUAACGGCGGCGAUCUGGCCGACUACCUCCACGCCAUGCGGACGCUGAGCGAGGACACCAUCCGGCUCUUCCUGCAGCAGAUUGCGGGCGCCAUGCGGCUCCUGCACAGCAAGGGCAUCAUCCACCGGGACCUGAAGCCCCAGAACCUCCUGCUUUCCAACCCUGGCGGGCGCCGGGCCACCCCCAGCAACAUCCGGGUCAAGAUCGCCGACUUCGGCUUUGCCCGGUACCUGCAGAGCAACAUGAUGGCGGCCACGCUCUGCGGCUCCCCCAUGUACAUGGCCCCGGAGGUCAUCAUGUCCCAGCACUACGACGGGAAGGCGGAUCUGUGGAGCAUCGGCACCAUCGUGUACCAGUGCCUGACGGGGAAGGCGCCCUUCCAGGCCAGCAGCCCCCAGGACCUCCGCCUCUUCUAUGAGAAGAACAAGACGCUGGUCCCGCCCAUCCCCCGGGAGACCUCGGCCCCGCUGAGACAGCUGCUCCUGGCUCUGCUGCAGCGCAACCACACAGACCGCAUGGACUUCGAUGAGUUUUUCCAUCACCCCUUCCUUGACGCCAGCGCCGCUGUGAAGAAGUCCCCGCCCGUGCCCGUGCCCUCGUACCCAAGCUCGGGGUCCGGCAGCAGCUCCAGCAGCAGCUCCACCUCUCACCUGGCCUCCCCACCGUCCCUGGGGGAGAUGCAGCAGCAGCUCCAGAAGACCCUGACCUCCCCGGCCGAGGCCACCGGCUUCCUGCAGGGCUCCCGGGACUCGGGCGGCAGCAGCAAGGACUCGUCCUGUGACACUGAUGACUUCGUCAUGGUCCCGGCCCAGUUUCCAGGUGACCUGGUGGCCGAGGCGGUCGGUGCCAAGCCGCCACCGGACAGCCUGAUGUGCAGCGGGAGCUCGCUGGCGGCCUCUGCUGGCCUGGAGAGCCGUGGCCGGACCCCGUCUCCUUCCCCGCCCUGCAGCAGCUGCCUCAGCCCCUCAGGCCGGGCCGGGGCGUUCUCCAGCAGCAGGUGCGGGGCCUCCGUCCCUAUCCCGGUCCCCACUCAGGUGCAGAACUACCAGCGUAUCGAGCAGAACCUUCAGUCGCCCACCCAGUUCCAGACGGCACGGUCCUCUGCCAUCCGCAGGUCAGGCAGCACCAGCCCGCUGGGCUUUGCACGGGCCAGCCUGUCACCCCCGUCUCACGCCGAGCACGGAGCCGCCCUGUCCAGGAAGCUCUCCCUGGGCGGGGGCCGGCCCUACACGCCGUCUCCCCAGGUCGGAACCAUCCCCGAGCGGCCGGGCUGGAGCGGGGCGCCCUCCCCCCAAGCGGCCGAGAUGCGCGGUGGCAGGUCCCCUCGUCCAGGCUCCUCGGCACCUGAGCACUCUCCCCACAGCACCGGGCUGGGCUGCCGCCUGCACAGUGCCCCGAACCUGUCCGACCUGCGUGUGGUCCGUCCCAAGCUGCCCAAGCCCCCCACGGACCCGCUGGGGGUGGCAUUUGGCCACCCGCAAGCCAGCCCCCCGCAGCCCUCCCACGGGCUGCCGUCCUGCCGGCCCCUGCGCGGCUCGCCCAAGCUGCCCGACUUCCUCCAGCGGAACCCCCUGCCCCCUAUUCUGGGCUCCCCGACCAAGGCCGUGCCCACGUUCGACUUCACCAAGACCCCCAGCUCGCAGAACUUGCUGACCCUCCUGGCCAGGCAGGGCGUGGUGAUGACGCCGCCUCGGAACCGGACACUGCCCGACCUCUCCGAGGCGGGGCCCUUCCAGGGGCAGCAGCUGGGCCCUGGCCUGCGGCCCACCGAGGACGCCAAGGGCCCCUUUGGCAGGUCCCUCAGCGCCGGCCGCCUCACGGAUCUGCUCCUUAAGGCUGCCUUUGGGACGCAGGCCCCUGACUCGGGCAGCGUGGACAGCCUGCAGGAGAAGCCCAUGGAGACCGCGCCGUCUGCUGGCUUCGGAGGGAACCUGCAGCCGGGAGCCCGCGCUGGGGGUGCCAGCAGCCCUUCCCCCGUGGUGUUCACGGUGGGCUCGCCCCCCAGCGGGACCACGCCGCCCCAGGGCCCCCGUGCCACCGUGUUCUCAGUGGGCUCCUCCAGCCCCCUCAGCUCGGCGGGCUCCCCCUCCGCCCGUCACCUGGCGCCCGGGGCCUACGGCGAGGCCCCCCUCGAGGUACCCGCCCCCGGCCACUGCUGCAGCUUUGCCGACCCCGUUGCCGCCAACCUGGAGGGGGCCGUGACCUUCGAGGCCCCCGACCUCCCCGAGGAGACCCUCAUGGAGCAAGAGCACACGGAGAUCCUGCACAGCCUGCGCUUCACGCUCGUCUUCGUCCAGCACGUCCUGGAGAUCGCGGCCCUGAAGGGCAGCGCCAGCGAGGCGGCCGGGGGGCCCGAGUACCAGCUGCAGGAGAGCGUGGUGGCCGACCAGAUCAGCCUGCUGAGCCGCGAGUGGGGCUUCGCGGAGCAGCUGGUGCUCUACCUGAAGGCGGCCGAGCUCCUCUCCUCGGGCCUGCAGACCGCCAUCGACCAGAUCCGGGCCGGCAGGCUCUGCCUGUCAUCCACCGUGAAGCAGGUGGUGCGGAAGCUGAACGAGCUGUACAAGACGAGUGUGGUGUCCUGCCAAGGCCUGAGCCUGCGGCUGCAGCGCUUCUUCCUGGACAAGCAGCGGCUCCUGGACCGCAUCCAGAGCGUCACCGCCGAGAAGCUCAUCUUCAGCCACGCGGUGCAGACGGUGCAGUCGGCCGCCCUGGACGAGAUGUUCCACCGCCGGGAGGACUGUGUCCAGCGCUACCACAAGGCCCUGCUGCUCAUGGAGGGGCUGCAGCAGAUCCUCUCAGACCAGGCAGACGUGGAGAACAUCGCCAAGUGCAAGCUGUGCAUUGAGCGGAGACUCUCGGCCCUGCUGACCGGCCUCUGUGCCUGACCUCCUGGAGGCCCGGCCC